AGGAAUUCACCGCUGCUUCAGACUUCGGAGACUUUUUGCCAGACUACUGGAAUAGCGAGGUGAGUCGUGCCAUGACGAAGCAGCAGGAAUCGAGCGUAGAAUGCGAGGAAGGGAGCUUCCAGGACGGGACGGAGUCGCAAGAGGAUGGAGUAAAGGUCCCUGCAGCAUCUGCGUGUGUCCAUGUGUCUGAACCCACGAAGAGCUGCAGCGUGCGCGUACUGCGCAUGAGCAUCCGAGGCUUUAAGAGCUACAAGAGGAAGGUUGAGAUCGGGCCGUUGAGCGACUUCACGUGCAUCAUUGGCUGCAAUGGCUCGGGGAAAUCGGUGAGGCGACCAGAGCUCGUUUCGCGUUGUGUCGCUGUCUUUGGAGAGAUUGCGUGAGGCUGGCGAGAUGCGCGGAGUGUCCGCGGCUCCGACUGUAACGCGCCCUUUUUCAGGUGGUGGGAGAAGCGCUCGCGUUUGCGCUGGGUGCGUCCACUCGCAGCAUGCGCGAGUCACACGCGGGGAAUCUGAUCAACCAGGCGACGCGGAGCGAAGAAAGCAACAAGGCCACGGCCAAGGUAUCCGUGGUGCUGUCUGUCUCGGCCUUGCAGCCAGCAGCGAGUGCGGCAGGCGAACAUGUGGACGGCGAACCGGGACUGGAGGAAAUUGAAGGAGAGACCUCACGAAAAUCCGAGGCCGGGGAGAAUGGUCCAGGUAAAGGGGUUGGUGAAUUGGCGGAGAGUGGAGGUGUGGAUGCAGGGUGUGGUGGCGAAGGGAGCGGCGCAGGGGGAGAUUGCAUGAAAGUGGGCGGGCACGAGCAGCAGCACGAGGGCAGUGAGGGUGAGGGCAGGGGAAGCCAAGGCUCUGCGGUCCCUUGUGCGGGUGGAUCCGAGGUGAAGGUGACGCGACGGGUGUCUGCCACGGGAAGCAGUGUUUACUCUAUUAAGCGAGAUGGCGUGAAGAGGAUUGUGAGUGCAAGCCACAUGAGGGCCGAGCUCCUGCAACUCGGCAUUCGUACUGAGUGCAUUGACAGGUUCAUUGUGAUGCAGCAGCAGCAGGCUGUCAAGGUGCAGGCGCCCACUCAACUCGUCAAGUAUGUGGAGCAGCUGGUGGGCACGGCACACGUGGAGGAGGCGAUAGAGGCGGUGGGGGUGGAGCUGCAGCGAGUGGAGGCGGCACGCGAGGCAGUACGUGCGGAGCAGCAGCUGCUGCUGCAGAGGCGCGAGCAGCUCAGACCGGCUGUGGACUGCUGGAGGAGGUUUCAGUGUGACUGGCAAGAAUUCCAGAAGCGAAAGAGAAAGGCUCUAAAGAGUCAUCUGCAUGGGCUGAGGCGGAGCAAGGGAGCGCAGCAGCAGCGCAUGAAGUCCCUGGAGCGCCACAUGCACACCGUGCACAGCCAGAGCAAGGAGGCAGAGGCGGCCAUGGCAGAAGCACGGCAGAGGCACCUGGUAGCAGCAGCACGCUCCACUCGCGCCUCCCACCUCCUGGCAGCAGCGCAGGCGAGCUGGCAGCAGCAGCAGCUGGCGCUGGUCAAAGCUCAGGUGCGUGUGAAGGAGGCGAGGCGGCAGCACGCACAGGCAGAGGCGGCCAGGAGGCGAGCGGCCAAGGCCGCUGCUGCGCGCAGGGCGAAGCUGCAGGAGGAGCGGACGCGGCUGGGAGAGAGCUUGGCGCGCAGUGAAGAGAUGCUGGUGCAGCUGCAGGGGAAGGCGAAGGACGAGGAGAGGCGGCUGAGGGCGAAGCUCCAGGAGCGUGGGUGUGGGGACGGGGAUGGGGAGGGUGGGAGUGGGCUGGGUGCGGCGGUGGCAGCAGUGGUGCAGUGGCAGAAGGAUGUGGCGGCGCUGCGAGAGGAGGAGCAGCACAUGCAGGCGCGACUCAAGUCCCUGGAAGAACAAGGAGCAGAAGCAACCAAGGGCAUACAGGAGAGUGAGGAGAAGCUGCACUCCCUGCAGCAGCGGGUGCAGGAGGCGGAGAGCAGGAGGGGGGAGCGGCAGCAGGCGGGGCACGCUGCUGCUGCUGUCAACAGCGUACUCUCGCUGUCCUGCAACCUCGCCACCACCUUUGUGACGGAGGAUCGGCGGACAGCAGCAGCAGUGGUGGGGUACUUUGAGCAGCACCGUGUGGGCCUCGUGUCCUGUGAGAUACUGGACGAGCACCACGCCCACCCACUCGCCACGCAGCAGCAGCAGCAGCAGCAGCCAGUGGGGGACCUCGAGCCACCCCACCCUGCAUCGCUGCUACCCUGUGUGCCCCCUCCCCACCUCGCCUCCGCCUUGCCCUCUGGAGCCCGCCCCCUGCUGUGUGCGGUACGCUGUGCGCCGGGGUGCCAAGCGGUGCUGGCGCGGCUGUGUGGGUCGUGGCUGCUGGUGGCGGGCCGCGACGACGCAGUGAGGCUGCUGCCGCUGCUGCGACACAACCAGGCGUGGCGGCGGUGCAGCGUUGUCACGGCUGGGGGCGACGUGCAAGCGGAGCUGCAGAGGGCGAGGACGGAGAGUGAGGAGGCAGCAGAAGAAGAGAAGGCGCUCAAUUCCAAGCGGACAAAGCUCAUGGCCUCACUGGUGAAGCUGCAGGGCAGUGCAGUGGAGUUGAGGCAGCAGCUGGCGGACGUGGACGCACGGGUGCAACGAGCAGAGGUGCUGCUGAGGGAGUGUUCAGCCAUGGACGUCGAUGAUUGCGCUGGGGAGGGUAUGGGCGACGGGCCGAAACACGGGGGUGGAGGGAAAGGGGUGAAGCGGAAAGAGGUCAAAGAGGGGUGUGCCGAUGGAGGGGAGGAGGGGCGAGAAGUGGAAGGGGAAGAGAUAGAGGGAGAGGGAGAGGUGGGUGAAGAGGAACAGGAAGAGGAGGAGGAGGAGGAGGAGGAGGAGGAGGAGGAGGAGGAGGAAGAUGAGGAGGGGGAGGAAGAUGAGGUGGAGGAAGAGGAAGACGAUGAUGUGGAAGAGGAAUUGGAGGAGGAGGAUGAUGAUGCUCAUGAUGGCAUGGAGGGGGAUGAGGAGGAGGAGGUAGGAGGAGGCGUUUCACUGGAGGAGGUGGUGGAGGAGGAGAAGGAGCUCAUGAGGCAGCGAAGUGCCAUAGACGCGGCGGCCCUGCAGGAGGACGUGGGGUGUCAGCGGCGGCUGGUGGCGGUGGGGGAGGAGGUGCAGCGCGUGGAGGCACAGGGCCGCGCGCACAUGGUGCGGCGGGACGAGCUGGAGAUGCAGCGCUUCACACAGCUCAGAGCGGCGCUGCUCAAGGUGAACGAGCAUCUGUCGUCCAUCUACAGCGAGCUGACUCGCCAUGGAGAUGCGUACCUGUCAUUCGUGGAUGAGAAGAGCCUCCUCUUCUCCGACGGCGUGCACUUCCACGUUCGUCCUGACCGCCAGUGCUGGCGCCCCUUUGCGUCUUUGUCGGGCGGGCAGCAGGCUCUGGCAUGUCUGGCUCUGUCGUUCAGCCUGCAGGCGUCCUUCCCCUCGCCCUUCUACUUCUUUGACGAGAUCGAUGCGUCGCUCGACACCAAGCAUGCACUGCAGCUGGCAUGCUUUAUCCAGGCACAUCAGUCAGCACAGUAUAUUGUGGUGUCGCACCGGCCGCAAGUGUAUGAGCAAGCGAGUGCGCUGGUUGGAGUGUACAACUUCAAGGGAAGCUCCACCUGCCUCACAGUGCAAGCCGCCACCCCAGUGCCGCCCAUGGUAGCUGUGGAUGAGAGAAAUGUUUCUUCUGGUUAAAGAUUGCACACUGGUCAGCACUACAGGGAGGGAAGGGGGAGGGAGAGAUGUCGGCAUGUCACUGGUUUAACACUGUUCUAUGCGUCGACCUUUCUCAGGCGUCUAGUCAUCAACAUCAUUUGUC